AUGGACCAAAUGAUCCAAGAGGCAUCUGAUGCGACCAUUCUACUUGUCGAAGGCUUCAACGGAGGCUCGCACAAACAACUCAUCUCUACCCUCGAGGGCUUACUGACUGAGAAAGGGGAAACGGUGUGCGUGGUAUCCCUCCCUGCCAAUAAGUGGCAUUGGCGAGCUCGAACUGGAGCACUUGCGUUGGCAGCUCUGAUUCCCAAAAGCAGUCGUGCUAACGGCGGUUUCCGCGUCCUCUUCACUUCCGCUGUCUUCUCUCUCCCGGAAUUACUUGCGUUGAGACCCGAUCUGGCAAGCAUACCGCACAAGUACCUUUACUUUCACGAAAACCAACUGACCUAUCCGUUGAGAGAGGGCGACAAAAAUGCUGCAAAACCAGACUACCAGUUUGGCUAUGUCCAAGUGCUCUCAGCCCUAGCAGCUGACCUGGUCCUCUUCAAUUCUUCCUUCAAUAUGCACUCCUUCUAUGAACGUCUGCCCGCUUUCCUCGCCGCAGGUUUGCCCACUCCACCAAGCCCUCGAGUGCCGGAGCCACGAGAGCUAGUGGAGAAACUUCUAAAGCCUAAAUCUCGUGUCCUUCACUUCCUUGUUGAACCACCCCCACUCCCAGUGCUCUUUCAUGGUGAUGUGGAGGACUUUGAAGCUGCGAUUCGCUUCCAAGCAGAGCGAAUUAGGGCGAGAGGUCGAGCGCCGCUGAGGAUUUUGUGGAAUCAUCGGUGGGACUACGACAAGAAUCCAGUGGAUUUCUUUAAGGUCAUUUUUGACCUUGCUAACAUAAGUGUAGACGAGGAGUUCUUCAACCUCGGAGGAUCCACUCUGCGACCUUCCAUUGGUGAUGUUAUGACGCCUUCUGAAAUAACUCCGCCUCCACCACCCUCAAAGCAGGCACAGACGAACUUCCAGAUCAGUGUUAUUGGCGGAGCCAGUCAGGACGUGCCACGGAUCUUCCCCAUAGCAGAGUCCUAUCUCCGCUCCACCGGUCAUAUCGCCGUCUGGGGUUUCGUUGACUCACGAGAAACCUACUGGCGCACACUGACCGAUUGUGACGUGGUCGUGUCUACUGCAAAGCAUGAAUUCUUCGGUGUAGCAGUGGUGGAGGCAGUUGCAGUGGGCUGCGUGCCCCUCUUACCCCAUAGAUUAGCCUAUCCCGAGUUGUUAGCGCACGAACCAACACCAUCGAAGUGUCUCUACCGCACAUUACCUCAAAUGCGGAAACAGCUGAAGUGUUGGAUUGGCGCACCGGACAGGCUACGGGAGCGGGCGACCAAAGCACUACUGGCCGCUUAUGGUUGGAAGGGAGCGGGAACGGAAGCGUGGCUAAGAAAAGGUCCUCGUGCAAUGGAACUUUUGAGGGGGGCUUGUAUUCCCCAAUGCAGUGAUUUUCCACCGCCUAUUUCGACGAUUCAGCAAGCAAACGUAUCUAACAUUCAAAGCUUUCCUGCUCAGGGCGGUAGCCCCAUUGUACAGAUGGACAAUCCCAAUCCCUUCUCAAGUAUUGUUUUGAAACAGGAGGAGCCUUCCCCUUCCUCCAUCAGUGCUCUCUUUACCGGUGAUUUUACUCAGCAGCAGCAGCAACCUAGCUCAUCAUCCUCUACUGCAACAUCAAAUGAUGCUCCGGUGCAAAAAGGUCACGCAUGCGAUGUUUGCCACAAGGUUUUUGCGGACCGUUCGCUCUUAUCCAAGCACAAAAUUGCUCACGCCGAGGCUAAACACAUUUGCAAUACCUGUGGUCGCGCCUUCGUGAGGGAGGACAAACUUCGACGUCACUUUCGAUCGGUUCAUAGCAAUGAACGACCGUUUGUUUGUGAAGUGUGCAACAAAGCCUUUGCUCGAAAGGAUAAGCUCCAGGAGCAUGCAAAACACCACAACAAAGAUAUCACUUUUCCCUGCACUGUAUGCAAUGAAGUCUUUCUCAUGCGAUCCCUCUUAAAUCGCCAUCUUCGAACGGAGCAUCAAAUUAAACAGACAGCUGAGUCCUCACGAAACCCUGCAAGAUCACAGGACGGUUCGAAAAAGAAACGUAGUAGGGCACAAGAGGCAGAUUUUACUAAGUUAGCCAUGGAAAAUGCAACUGUGGGAAUAACAGCUGCAGCAGCAUCUGCCGUAGCCCCGACCACUUCCGGUUUCUACCAGCACCCGGGCUGGAAUGCGGCCAACCUUCUGCUUUACAAUCGUUACCAACAGAGUCAGCAACAGGCUGCUCAACCAGCUUUUGACUUUUGGGGUGGGAAUAAUGGCUACUUUUAUGGUCAGCAGUACUCUGCUGCUGGCUACCAGUUCCCCACCAUCCAGUACGCAGCUGCAAUGCGACAGCACCAACAGCAGCAGCAGCAGGCAACGCAACAAGCCACAGUGUCCUCGGGUUUGUCCUACAACCCGGCUGCUGCAGCGGCUCUAACCGCUCGCCUUUUCUCUCCUGGCAACUACUUUUGGCCACAGCCGAGUCAGGGUUUUGUCCUCCCUCAGGCCGGUACGGCGUCGACGAACUCCGCCGCCGCCACGACCUCCCUCAUUCCCACUGCUAAUCCAUACUUUCCUGCACCUUUGACGGCAGCAACAGUGACUACAACAACAGCAGCGGCGGUAACCACAGAUGUGACCGCGACCACGGCAAAAACAGUGGUGACCGAAGCGGCGCCGAGUUCCGUCCAACCACAGGUGAUUUUUGACGUGGGACCCAGCGGCUACUCUGUGCAAUCAACUGCGUCCACUGCAUCCUCAUCUUCCUACCAAACAGCGUACUACCAGGCGGCAUCGUUGGCUGGUUCGGAGGAAGCUGUCUCCACAACUGCUGCUCCACCACGCCAACAGCAACAACAGGCGACCGACCCGGGGACCGCCCCCGCCUUCGCCUACACUAACUAG